UAUAAAAAACGAGCGUAGCUUUCAAUGCAGUGUUCGGGUGAAAGCUGGAAAUGGAUCAGAAAGAAACCAUUUGCAGGCAUGCGAGGAAUUGAUCGGCGAAUACCACGAAGCUAUUCUUAUCGUACCCGAGCUAAAUGAGUUCGUCUGUAUUGGAACCAAUCUCGGGUUUCGACUUUUCUGCUGCUUGAGCAUGUGAUCGAUUCGAUUUCGUCUUGACAUUUCAACUCGAGUGCUGAAGGUGCGGAUCGCGUGGUACGGAAGAAGGGUGCAGCUCGUCACAGCAAAGAUCCAAUAGCAAGGAUCUUUGGGUCACAGUCCGAAGCAAAUAAAUCGGAUAGGCUUUGGGUUGCAGGGAUUCAGCCGCCGUGGAUCGGGGCUGCCGGAAGCCUUGACGGUGAUAUUAUAAAGAGGAGAAUGGAGAUCCCCAGGCCGCACGUCUUUGCACUGCUGGUGUUUGUUUACGUGGCCGUGAACUGGCACCGACAUUCAGCUGCCGCGUUCAACCAGCUGCCUUCAGCUGCCGUGCUCAACCAGCGACCCAUAAUUGGUGUUCUGGCUCAGGAAGCAUUUGGGACUUUUGCAAAAUUUGGCUCUAGCUAUAUUGCUGCAUCGUAUGUUAAAUACCUAGAAUCUGCUGGAGCAAGAGUUGUACCCAUAAGCACUAAUCUGAGUGAAGCUGAAUACCGGAAACUCUUUUAUUCUCUAAAUGGAGUGCUUUUUCCAGGUGGUGCGGUAAAUCUCAAAACUUCACAAUAUUCCAAGAUUGCAUCUCUGUUUUAUGAUCUUGCCAUACAGGUCAAUGACAAUGGAACUCAUUUUCCAAUCUGGGGCACGUGUCUUGGAUUUGAAGAGCUGACUGUUAUUACCAGUAAAAAGAAACUUCUGAUUGCUACAAACACCCAUAAUCUGUCUCUUCCUUUAAAAUUCACCAAAGAUGCUGCACGCAGUCGGAUGUUUAAGAACUUUCCAGAAAAUCUGAUGCAUGCGUUGGCUGUAGAACCAUUAACAGCAAAUUUUCACUUCUGGAGUCUCUCUGUUAAGAAUUUUACAAGCAAUACAGAAUUGAAAAACUUCUACAAAGUCUUGACUACUAAUACCGACAACCAAGGGGUUGAAUUUAUAUCUACAAUGGAAGCACACAGAUAUCCAGUUUAUGGAAUUCAGUGGCAUCCUGAGAAAAAUCCUUAUGAGUGGGACCUGAAAAAGAACAUCCCACAUUCCAGCAAUGCUGUAAAAGUAGCAUGGUACAUGGCUGACUUUUUUGUUAAUGAAGCUCGAAAGAAUUGGCAUCGCUUUCCUACUGAAGCUGAAGAAGAGAGAGCUUUGAUUUAUAACUAUGCAUCAGUUUACACCGGCAAGAUCUCUAGCUUUGAACAGAUUUAUUUAAUUGAUAACCCCCAUCUCACAAGAGGUGGGUUUUGAUAAAUAGAUCCUCAUUGUGCCUAAGUGGGGAGAACCCGUUUGAAAUUGUUUGGUUUUCCAACCAGGAAUAAAUCAGAAAAUGCCAUUUUAAUGUAAUCACUUGAUUCUAAUGCUUCCUGUAUCAAAAGGGUUCUGAUAACUUUGUAGCCAGGGUAGAAUAUAAUUUGAUAUUCUGUGGCUGGUGGCACUAUCAUAAUAAAACGAAUGAAUGUUGUAA